AUUAUAUUUAAAAUUCUAAUCCUAAUCUUAAUCCACGGUCAUGAAAUUUACGGUUGUUUAGGGUUCGUGUUUGUUUGUGAUUGCCGCUUCAAUUUCAAUCGCGCCAACUCUAUCAGACCACACGAUCCUCACAUUCACAUUGCAACUAACGUUCACGCAUCCUACAAAUUCUUCUGCCCUCCGACUUUGAUCACCCAGCGACCACGGUCUUCUGCCUCUCAGGUUUUUGAUGCUGGGAAACGUUAGGAGGACCGUCCAAUCUAUUCGUAGGAUCCAUAAAAGCAGAAAUCAGGGAGUGAGUAGAGAUGGAGCUUUGGUCUCCGUUGCACCUAAUAUCAACCAAUGCAGGAUGUAUAUGCAAUAUAAGUUUCCAAGUGAAGGAUGUAGUUCAUUCAUGUGGCGAGGAACUAGAGAAAACUUUCACAAAGGCCGUUCAUUUUGGAACUUAUCUGCCAUCUCAACAAAACAUAUAGCAACACAUAAUCCUCAAACUUGGAAAUUGUUGUACAAGAUAUAUUCCUCCAAUGGUUCUAAUGGAUUUACCUCCAUAAAUAUGGUUGCUCAAGCAGUGAGCUUGGCUUUGUCUCGUUCUUGUUUUCUGAUUCCUAGUAUUUUUGCGUUUGCAUGUGGAGAGCUAGCAUUGGCUCAGCAAAAUCAGUCAGACGCAGGGUGUUACCCUUCACAAAAUGUUUUGCGUAUGCGUACACAAGAUGGAUACAGUUACAUGUUUGCAUUUGUAUUCAGUGUGGUAGAAAGCCUGGUCUUGUUAGCAAGAGCUAUAUAUCUAACAAUGUUAUUCUCUCCAAGCAUUCUAAUGGCACCACUUGCUGAUUAUUUUGGACCAGAAUUCAGGAAAAUGUGGCUCCGGGUUGUUCAUCGCACACUAGAAAGAGCAGGUCCAGCAUUCAUAAAAUGGGGUCAGUGGGCUGCUACACGGCCUGAUCUAUUUCCUCAAGAUCUAUGUACUAAGCUUGCAGAACUUCAUUCCAAAGCACCUGAGCACAGUUUUAGCUACACAACGAAAACUAUAGAAAAAGCAUUUGGCCGUAAAAUUUCUGAAAUUUUUGAGAAUUUUGAAGAAUUGCCUGUUGCAUCUGGAAGUAUUGCCCAAGUGUAUCGUGCUUCUUUAAAAUAUCGUUACCCUGGUCAGCAAGCAAAGCCCAUGGUAGUUGCAGUGAAGGUCAGACAUCCUGGUGUGGGAGAAUCUAUUAGAAGAGAUUUUGCUAUCAUCAAUUUUGUGGCAAAAUCUUCAACGUUCAUCCCUGCACUUAAUUGGUUAAGGUUGGAUGAAAGUGUUCAGCAGUUUGCAGUUUUCAUGAUGUCUCAAGUUGACCUUGCUAGGGAAGCUGCUCAUUUGAACCGCUUUAUUUACAAUUUCCGUCAAUGGAGGGAUGUGUCUUUCCCUAAGCCUGUCUAUCCACUUGUGCAUCCUGCAGUUUUAGUGGAAACAUAUGAGAAUGGAGAAAGUGUCUCGCAUUAUGUUGAUGAGCUUCAAGGACACGAACGGAUUAAAAGUGCUCUUGCUCAUAUUGGUAGUCAUGCACUUUUAAAGAUGCUUCUGGUGGACAACUUCAUUCAUGCAGACAUGCAUCCUGGAAAUAUCCUUGUUCGAGUGCCUCGGAGCAAGGAUCGCAAACGGUUCUUCAAAUCAAAGCCUCAUGUAAUUUUCCUUGACGUAGGUAUGACUGCUGAGCUCUCUGGUAGCGAUCGAGUAAAUUUAUUGGAAUUUUUCAAAGCUGUUGCCCGCAGAGAUGGUCGGACUGCUGCUGAGUGCACACUCAGGCUGUCAAAGGAACAGAACUGCCCUAAUCCGAAGGCUUAUGUUGAGGAAGUGGAAAAGGCAUUUACCUUUUGGGGCACUCGAGAAGGUGACGCGGUUCACCCUGCCGAGUGCAUGGAACAAUUACUUGAGAAAGUUAGACGUCAUAGAGUUAAUGUUGAUGGCAAUGUUUGUACUGUCAUCGUGACCACCUUGGUUCUGGAGGGCUGGCAGCGCAAGCUGGAUCCUGGGUAUAAUGUGAUGGAGGCACUGCAGACAUUGCUGAUACGAGCUGAUUGGGCAAAGACUUUUGCUUACACAAUUGAAGGGAUAAUGGCUCCUUAAGGAAGAUUCUUUCUUGAGAUUAGUAGGCAUUUCCACUAACAUCCAAUAAGAAGUCUCUAUUUUCCUAUGUUGUAAUAUCAAUUUGUGUAGUUACAAAAUAGGGUGAUGUGACCAAAUAGUUAAGUGUAUAUCUUUUACAUCAUUACUUCUGUAUUGAGGCUCUUAAUAAGCAAUUUUGAAACGUAACCAAGGGCAUUUGUCCCUUUUCUUGAGUUAAUUAACUUCAAGCAGUUAUUACUA